AUGACUUUGAAUCUAUUGGAAAUAAUUCUCUUUUGUUAUUUCUCGUUUCUCGUCUCAUUUUCGGUGUUUCGAAGUGUUUUGCCCUCGAUUCUACUCGGAUUCAGAUGUUCUCCAUCAAAUUCCCAUCCGGAUCCUCCAAAAUUUCCUCCACCAGUCGAUCAAAUCAGUCUCGAUAGUGGAAGAAGGAAUCUACUAGACAGUGCUCGAUCACUUCGUGACGUUUAUGCCUCCGAAGUUCGCUUUACACUGCAUGCGUUGAAUGAGAUUCUUGAGCAUAAAUCAAUGGCUGAGUAUCAGAGGCGACUUUUCGAGAAGAAAUUGGCACAAAUCAAUGGGAUAAUGUCUUCAAUUUUUCUUUUUCUUAACUUUGGUGUUUUGCUUUUUGGGAUUAGUCGC